AAACGGCGUAAAUAUGAUCGGCUCCGUUCUCUAUUUGUCAAUUUGCUUGUUUAUUUUUUGUUAAAAACAACUACAAAGAAAAAUUGCAAUAAAGCGAAAACUAAACAAUUAUAUUCUUUGCGUUUUUAGUGUUAUUAGAACAUUUUGUGUUGAAUGAAAUAAAAAGAAAAAGUCUUUUUAUUGAAUAAAAUGGAUGAAAUUGAGGACUUCUUUAAUAUAUCAAAAGAUUUCAAACGUGUAAGUGCUCCUGUUCCCAAACCAAUUGUCGAAGAGGCACCAUCAACAAGUGCUAAAGUCAAGCGAGAGCAUGGAAUAUCUGAGAGUACAAGCAAAUACCGGAAGUUGGAUAAACCUGGUCACAGUGAAUAUUCAUACGUUAAAAAGGCUAUUCUACCAGAAGAUUUGGGUAUUCAAAGUGAUGAAGACGAUGAUGUAGUAGAUUACCCAGGAAACCAAAUUAACGACCCGGUCUAUAGUCGUUACGAAUUUAAUUUAGAACGAGAUAAAUCUUUGCCAAUACAUGAUGCUAAAGAUGAAAUCAUAAAUAGUAUUCGCAGGAAUCCCGUCAUAAUAUUAGAGGGUGAUACUGGGUGUGGAAAAACAACACAGGUUCCACAAUACAUCUUAGAUGAUGCAUACCGUCGUGGUGAGUAUUGCAAAAUUGUAUGCACACAGCCACGACGAAUUGCAGCCAUUUCAAUAUGUCGUCGUGUCUCUGCAGAACGAAAUUGGACUGAAGGUACGGUUGUCGGAUAUCAGGUCGGCCUACAUGCCAACUCUAGUGAUGAUACGCGAUUACUUUACUGCACUACCGGUGUCCUUUUGCAACAAUUGAUUAAGAACAAAACUUUGGCACCCUAUACUCACAUUAUAUUAGAUGAAGUUCAUGAACGUGAUCAAGAUAUGGAUUUUCUAUUGAUUAUUGUGCGUCGUCUUUUAGUAACAACUUCAAAGCAUGUUAAAAUAAUUUUAAUGUCCGCUACCAUUGACACGAGAACGUUUUCAAAUUAUUUUAAAGUUCGAAAAAAUCCUGCUCCAGUAAUAGGAACCGACACUCGUCGACUUUUCCAAGUUAAAGAAUUUUAUCUCUGUGAUUUAGAUCGUAUUAAUAACCUAAAUGCCCAAGUAAGUCUAAAUGAUCCGGGAAUUUCAGUCGAAAUGUACAAUUUAGCUUUAAAAUUAAUAAUAGUUAUUGAUAAUAUUGAAAAACAAGAUGCUGCAUUCAGUGCAGAUCCAGAUGUCGAUGAAAAUAAUAAAACAUCAAUAUUAAUAUUUUUACCGGGCAUAAAUGAAAUUGAACAGAUGUGUAAAAAAUUGGAACAACUUAAAGAUACGGAUAAUAAUCAGGUACGACUUUGCCCAAUACGUUUGCAUUCCAUCAUUUCGCCAGAUGAACAAGUUAGAGUAUUUAAUCGCCCACCUCCAGGCUAUAGAAAAGUUAUUCUUGCUACCAACAUUGCUGAAAGUUCUAUUACUGUUCCAGAUGUAAAGUAUGUAAUUGACUUUUGUUUGACCAAAUUAUUAGUGACAGAUACGUCCACUAAUUUCACGAAAUUGGAAAUACAAUGGGCUUCUCGAGCAAAUUGCAGACAACGAGCUGGUCGUGCUGGACGUGUUAUGAAUGGGCGUGUUUAUCGCUUAAUACCUCGUUCAUUUUAUGAGGAUUUUUUGGAUGACUUUAGUAAACCAGAAAUGUUACGUUGUCCUUUAGAAAGCGUUGUAUUGAAAUCCAAAUUACUUGAGAUGGGUUCGCCUCCAUAUGUGCUCGCUUUAGCAAUGAGCCCGCCAAAUUUGUGUGAUAUACACAACACAAUUUUAACAUUAAAGGAAGUUGGGGCCUUAUAUAAGUACACGAAUGGAGAAUAUACAAUUGAUGAUGGCGAUAUAACUUAUAUGGGUCGUAUAAUGGCUUUUUUGCCAUUAGAUGUGCGUCUAACACGUCUAAUAAUGAUGGGAUACGCAUUCAGUGCAUUGGAAGAAUCAAUAAUAAUAGCUGCUGGUUUAAGUGUACGUUCAAUUUUUAAAUUUCAAAACUAUAAACGUUGUGGUGAAAUAAAUGCUUACAUCAAAAAGCUAUCAUGGGCUGAUGGUUCUGGUUCCGAUUUAAUUGCAAUCCUUAAUGCAUACAGAGAAUGGUCUAGAUUAAAACAAGAUGAACAUUUCGAUGAAAGUGAAUAUAAGUGGGCUAAUCAAAACUUAAUUAAUAUUCGUUCAAUUCGAGAAAUGCAUUUAUUAGUGAAAGAAAUUAAGGGACGAUUAAGUGGAUUCGGCAUUAAGGAAAACAAUCGAUCUCAGUUUUCUCAAUGGCAGGAAUGGGAAAAGGCGACAAUUUUAAAAGUUAUUAUUGCUGGUGCUUUCUAUCCGAAUUACUUUGUUUAUAACAAACAAAAUGAUAUUGAUAAAGAGCGAACAAAGUAUCACAUUUUAUGUGGUCAUGAUCCCUGCCGAACAGUUUAUUUCUCUAAUUUUGAUACGCGACACAUUGGUCAAUUAUACACACGUUCAAUUAAAGAACUAUUUAAAGACGUUCACAUUAAUCCAAAAAAUAUUGAUAUUAGUUUCCAAUCAAACUCAGAAAGAGUUUUAGUGAUUUUUAAAAAUGAUCCUGAAAGUGAUGCUAAUGAAUAUCAAAGCAUUACUACAAAUGAUACACAAGAUACUGUACGCGUUAAAAUGCCAGGAGCUGUAUGUACAGAGGUGUACAAAGCCUUAAGGAUGCGUCAUUUAAAUAUGCCUACAUCCUUUGAUGUUAUGGAAUCACGUUCUGGUGUCAAGUUUGCCGAAGAUCAUGGACUGGGUAUAAUGUGCGAUGGAGCAUGGCGGCCAACUAAACGUUUAUUGAAAAAUGCAGAGUUGGUAGUUCUCCCAUCUGUUUUUCAAAAAAAUAUUAGCGGUUAUAUAACUCAUAUCGAAAAUUGUAGUAAAUUUUAUUUUCAACCUCUCUCGGAAAUGGAGCGUAUGCAAGAAAUACAAGAAAUGCUUAAUAAUCCAAUAGACAUCGAAAAUUGUAAGUUUCCUCAUAAUACCACUUUAGCCACUGGAAUGAUACUUUCAGCACCUUUCGAAAAUAAGUAUCAUAGAGCUAGAGUUAUCAAAACCAUUGAGGUAACGCGACAGCAUAAACAAGUUAAGGUUUUCUUCAUCGAUUAUGGUAACAUGGCAACAGUUGAUUUUCAUCUAUUACGUUACUUUUCGGAUAAAUGUAAGUCUUUGGCGGACAUUCCACCAAGAUUAUUUGAAUGUCGUCUAGUGAUGAUAGAACCAUCUCCAGUACGUUCGCCCAAUGAGCAAUGGACAGAUGAAGCUAUGGAACUUGUGCAAGAGUAUGCUGAUUCCGGUAUUAUUGAAAUAGAAGUCUACUCUGUAGUUGACGGAGUAUCAAACGUAAUAAUAAAGAAGGAUAACAGUACACUAAAUGAAAUUUUAGUGGAAAAAGGCCUUGCUCGUACAUCUGAUGAAAGUUACAUGUCUAAGAGUGAUCACGAUUUUCGAAUUCGCAAACAGUCGGUUGCUAACCGAUUUCUAGACGAAGAUAGCGCACGACAAAAUGAAGAAUACUUAUUGUCAAUUAGGCCAGAGAUCGAUAUGGACAUAGAACCCCCACCCAAGCAUUUAUGCAACAAAACAUUAAAAUUGCGUGGACCAUUCAGUCCCAUCGAACUUAAUUUAUUCUCCGCCAUACGUGCAGGCACGUGGAAAACGGUUUCGCUCGAAAGGGAAUCAGUUAAUUUCAUUCAAGUAGAUAGUAAUCCUAAGGACAUGUACGAGCGCUUAGUUGUGGCAGCCGACAUUACCGAAUCAUCCAAUGGUGAUAUUCUUGUAGCUCGAGCCACAACACUUAUGCCUAACAUACAUGGAUUCGGAGCUUUGAUGACGCUACUCUUCUGUCCUACAAUGCAAAUUAAAUGUAACAAAACUCAAACUAAAUAUGUUGCAAUAUUAGCUGGAUUAGGAUAUGAUGAAAAUACCCACAACUCUCUAUUUGGUGAUCAUGACAUUGUGCUUAAUUUAGAUGUAGAUAUCUUGCCAGACGAUUUGGAAUUAAUAAAUCAAAUACGUUAUUCAAUGGAUACAUUACUAUAUACCAAACCUGAACAGGAACGACCACAUCUAAAAUCAAAGGAAAUUAAUGAUUUAACUACAAAAAUUAAGCAACUUGUUAUAAGACUUUUAAGUAAAAAUCGUAAAUAUAUCGAGGUUCAUGUUGGACCUAAUGACAACAAAUGGAAAUGUUUGGAUGCAAAUGAUUUAAUUGAACCGACAAAUAUUUAUGGAAAACGAUCUUUAUUUCCGCCACUAACGUCCAUGCGUUUAUAUGAAGAAAAAUAUGAUCGCAUUCAUGCUCUUAAUAUGCACUGCCAUGAGCUGCAUCGAAAACGACAAUAUGACGGUUCCAUACCCCCAACUACAUGUCGUUUGUGUCAUCAACCAAUUGAAAAUAUUGUUCAACUGAGAAUUCAUCUGCUUUCCCAAUUACACCGUGAUAGAGAACAUCAAAUACGUUUCCAACCACAGCCGAUUUAAAUUAAGAUCAUGUGUAUAUGUUUGUUGAAGUGAAUUAAAAAAAUAAAUACUUAUUUCUUAUAAUUUAAAGAAUAAACG